AUGGCGGCUAAUGUUACAAUAAACCAUGUACAAUUUGGGUUCAAUGACAUGACACAGGCUGUGGCUAGUGGUGCGGCGGAACGCUCUUUGUCUCGGGAAGCCAGAAGCUGGCCUGGUUGCCCCCUCAGUAGAUCAACAGAUGGGACAUCUGUUGAUGAUAUCGUGAUUAGCGAGAUCACCACUCAUCCCAUUGCACAACCACAUAUUUUCGGCGUUGCAAAGCCUGCUACGAGGAUGAUAGAAUUAGGUGCCCCGGCGGCAGUGAUUAGCGAAGUCCGGUUUCGUCGCUUGAAGAGCCUGGGUAAAGUCCUUUGCGAACUGCAAAACGACAAGAUCCUUUGGGCAGGCAACGUUACAGAAAGGACAGCGAACAACGACUUGCUCGAGACAACCCGCGACAUAAAUCACCCAAGGAGGCUUGGGGAACAAUUGAUCAUCGAUAGUGUUAGUAAGAACGUCCCUAGUAGAAGUCUCGCAAGCCUAAGGAAGGCUAGUCAUAGUCUUCGACCAGAUACCCAACAGUAUAGACUCUAG